UGGCCUGCCUCAGAGCUUUCAAGUGAGUCAGCCACAGGUGAAAUCCCACGGCUGUCUAUGGGCAGACUUGCCUCUUCCUGGGCCUCUGUUUUCACAUGUGUGCAAUGGGAACAGUUAUUUAUGGUGGCUGCUGAAUGAGCAAACCCAGGGAAGUUGUUCAAACAGAGGCUGCUAUGACUGUUGUUACAGUGACUGCUGUAGCAGUCACCCUGAGUGAGAAAAAGAGGUUCAAGAGGGUCAGGGGAGGAGUCCUGGGAAGUUCCCCAGUCACCCUGAAAAACUGGUUCAACCUGUGUCUGUGCUCCCAUCCCAGGGAGUAUAGGUGGAGCCUCCAGAGGCUGUGAACAGGGUAUGCUAGGGCUGGGCCAGCCUCAGCGGGGUCUCUAAGGCACCCCUGGGAUCCCCGCUGAGCUUGCCUACUUCAGACAGCCAGGGCCCAGCCCUCUGGCCCUUGGCAUAUCCACAGGACGCCAAGAUGGAGAUUUCCAUGGGGAUCCAGGGCUGCUUCUCAAAGAGCCUCCUGCUCUCAGCCUCAAUCCUGGUCCUCUGGAUGCUCCAAAGCUCCCAGGCAGCCCUCCACAUCCAGAAGAUUCCAGAGCAGCCUCAGAAGAACCGGGACCUUCUCUUGUCCGUCCAGGGUGUCCCAGACACCUUCCAGGACAUCAACUGGUACCUGGGGGAGGAGACCUAUGGAGGCACGAGACUAUUUACCUACAUCCCCGGGAUACAACGGCCCCAAAGGGAUGGCAGUGCCAUGGGACAGCGAGACAUUGUGGGCUUCCCCAAUGGUUCCAUGCUGCUGCGCCGCGCCCAGCCUACAGACAGCGGCACCUACCAAGUAGCCAUCACCAUCAACUCUGACUGGACUAUGAAGGCAAAGACUGAGGUCCAAGUAGCUGAAAGGAAUAAAGAGCUGCCCAGUACACACCUGCCCACCAAUGCUGGGAUCCUGGCGGCCACCAUCAUUGGAUCUCUUACUGCUGGGGCCCUUCUCAUCAGCUGCAUUGCCUAUCUUCUGGUGACAAGGAACUGGAGGGGCCAGAGCCACAGGGUAUCUGCUCCAGGAGGCCAGGGGCCUCUGUCAGUCUUCUGCCCAGCUGUGUCCCCAGUACCUUCAGUGACACCCAGCACAUGGAUGGCAACCACAAAGAAGCCAGAAUUGGGCCCUGGUCAUGAUGCUGAUGACAACAUCUAUGAAGUGAUGCCCUCUCCGAUCCUCCUGGUGUCCCCCAUCAGUGACUCGGGGUCCACGAACCCAGCCCUGCCCCUGCCUGUCCCUCCACCCCUGGAGGCAGGGCCGGAGAACCACCAAUACCAGGACCUGCUAAACCCCGACCCUGCCCCCUAUUGCCAGCUGGUGCCAACCUCCUGACGGGUCCUGGGCCAGGCCAGCUGGGGAGAAGACAAGGCCCCAGCCUCCUCUGCGAGCCUCACGCCUGA